AUGGAUCGAGCGGGCGCACCCGCGCUCGUCCAUCCUCUGUCUCCCGUCUCGAGCCAUAGUGACCUGAGCCUUGAAGACCUAGACUUCUCUGUGAAGCCGCUCCCGCCCCAGCCAACGUACGCAUCGUUCGACAAUGCAUCUCAGAAUGGCGAAGCAGACCUCCCGCCCUUGCAGGUGGCCCACGGCGAGCCUGACGGACUCGACCCCGUGGACAGCGAUGAUUUGGACCCGGGCAGCUUUGACCUGGUGAUGCCAGCAGAGAACAAUGGCGUCAUCAAGGGCAAGCAUGAGCUGGAACAGCGCUCCGAACUGCUCUUCUCAAGUCGUCACUUGCAGGCCAUCUUCGACGACCCUGCAUAUCUGCACCGCUUCUCCAACUUUCUGUACCAGCAUCGGCCGGGAUCCGUUCCCCUGCUGACAUACUACCUGGAGGCGCUCAAGGCACUGCGGGCCAUCGAGUACAGCAACGCCGUGCUGCGGAAGCUCGAGCCCCUGACUCAUUUUGACUUCACUCACGAAUACUUCCAGGCGCAGCCCACCGCCAACCUGGAGCUGCAAGCAAAGGCCGAUAUGGCCUUUGAAGUUCUCGCGCGGGAGGACCUCCCCAUGUACAUCACGCACGUCUGGAUUCAAACCGUCACCGUGUCCAUCAGGCACAGGAUCAGAGGCACGUCGGCCCACGCAUCGGAAGGUCUGGCCGAGGUGUUUUGCCUCACGGACCCCUCACGGCCCGACAAUCCCAUCGUCUUCAUGUCCGAGGAGUUUAAUAGGACUACGCAGUACGGAGUAGACUAUGUUAUCGGACGGAACUGCCGCUUCCUCCAGGGGCCACAUACGAAUCCGUUCAGCGUGAGUCGUAUUCGGCAGAAACUGGCAGACGGCGUGGAACACUACGAAACGUUUCUCAAUUAUCGGCGUGACGGGUCUCCUUUCAUGAACCUUGUAAUGCUUGCACCCUUAUACGACAGUAGAGGUACCAUCAGGUAUUUCAUAGGUGCUCAGGUCGAUGUGUCGGGUUUGGCAAAGGACUAUUAUGGUCUUGGCGCGCUCAAGCAACUUGUAGACACGGACGCGCAAGGAGAGCCACAUGCGAGUCAACAGCCUCAAGCCCAUUCCAGAGACGAGUUCACCCAGCUCGCCGAGAUACUGGGACCUCGCGAGAUCGAGACGGUGCGAGACCGUGGAGGUGAUGGCUCACAUCACGCUGUCAAUGGAGCCAAGCAUCGAGUCGUAUUGAGGGACCCGGACUCACCAACUGAGGAAACCCACUCCCAUGGCUUGUUGGCAACGGCGGCGUCUCUCGCGGCCCAACACAACGGCCGUCUCACCGGCGUGUACGAAAACUACCUGCUCGUGCGGCCAUACCCUUCAUUACGCAUUCUCUUCACCAGCCCAUCCAUGCGCAUGCCGGGCAUCUUGCAGUCACCGUUGCUCGACCGAAUCGGCGGCUCGGCGCGCAUGCGCGACCAGUUUGUCCACGCCUUGGCUGAAGGGCAGGGUGUCACAGCUAAGGUGAAGUGGCUCAGCGUCAGUCACAAGGUUGCUACAUAUGGGAGCCGGCCUCCAAGAAAGAAGAUGCAGUAUAACCACCCCUUGGAGGCACAUUUGGAUAUCGACGACGACUCCGACACUCUCGCGGAGCCGGAACCGGCGGGGCGGUCGCGCUGGCUUCACUGCACACCGCUCGUGGGUUCCAACGGCAAGGUCGGCGUGUGGAUGAUCGUCAUUGUCAACGAUGAGCCCGAGCCCAACCAUCUCACCGGAAGACACAUCGGCCGCUCCUGA